UAUGUAUCACGCCUCCUAGCGUUUGUUAUACCAGUACCAUAGAAUAGCUCGCGCGAAAUAUAUUAUAAAAAUUAUGUUAAUAUUAAGUUAAUAUUUUUUUGGAAACUAUGUGCAAUAAUGGCUUAUAAAGUUCUUUUGUUGUUGGUUUUGUGUAAAUGGAUUAAUUUUUCUCUAGGUAGUGAUUUUUACUCAAGACCUCAUAUUCUUUUAAAUGGAACUGAAGAUAUUAUAGAAGCUUAUGACAAUUACACAGUUUUCUGUCAAGGAAAUAAACCUCUACAAUGGACAACUCCUACAGUAAAUGCAGAACUAGCUGAACAGUUUUAUACAACUUUCACAAGUGAAGACGAAAAACCAUCAAAUACAAAUUUUAAAUAUGGAUUGCGUCUCUAUAUUACCAACAUGACAUAUCCAUUUGUUGGUUUUUAUAGCUGUCAUUUCAAAAAUACUCAAGAUAUUUCUGAAAAGAAUGACAAAAAUGACAUCAUUUAUUUAUUUGUUAAUGAUAAUGAAAAUCUUGCCCUUUUGACUGAUGAAGAUCGGACGAUUUUACAUAUAUAUGUAGUACAACAUCAAACGGCAACUAUACCAUGUCGUCCUACCUCGCCUACUGUUGAUGUUAAACUUGAGACAUUUGAUUUUAAAAAUGUAGACUUAAAUGUUCUUGGCGAGAAAGAUUCCACACUCGUUAGAUAUAAUCCGUUUUACGGAUUCUAUACCAAUCGUACAAUCGAUUUAGGAGACACCCUGUUUAGAUGUAUAUAUUCGAGAGAUGACAAGAUGCAGGAACAGUUAUACGAGCUGAAAGUGGAAACUUCUACAUCCUAUAUACCGGCACCAAGAGUUAUUGAUGAAAAUGAAGGUCAUACAAAUUUAGGCGACAAUAUUACAUUAAAAUGUAAUUUACAGUUUACGACUAGCGUUGUAAUAUUUUCAUGGGUUACACCUACCGGGAUAUUUAAUCCUUCCAGAAUGAAACAAACGGAUGAAGAAAAAAGUUCAGAAUUAACUGUAUAUAACACAACAUUUAAUGACAGUGGAGUAUACAUUUGUGAAGUAUCAGAUCACCAACAACAUCAUGUAUCCAGAAAUAUAAGUAUUAAAAUUUAUGAUGAGGAGGAACAUAUUAUUACUAUGAGAGAAUUAACGGACCAAUAUUACUAUGAAGCUAAAGCAGGACAAGACUCAAUAAUAUGGAGUGUAGAUAUUUGGGGACACCCCAAACCUUCUUUUUAUUGGAUAGAUAACAGAAAUGACUCAAUUCCAGAAGAAAAAGGAAAAAAAUAUGAAGUUUCUAGAGGAAAAUCAGAUAUUGGACAAAACCAUGAAGUCAUAACAUUAAAAAUAAAGAACAUAGAUUUGAUCCGAGACUUUGGUUACUAUUCAUUAGUUGGAACAAACCAUUUCAUGGAAAAACGUUUAGAGUUUUUCCUAAAUGUUACAGAUAAACCAACUGUGACUUUGCGAUCAGAUCAAUUCCAUUUAGUAGGAACGCCUGGCAAAGUGGAGUGUAUAGCAGCAGCACAUCCAACGCCAGUGUUCGAAUGGCGAUAUAAAGAAUGCCUAAACCCCGAAUGUCCAUUUAUUCUUAUUCCAAGCAAUAUUAGUAACACGGAAGGCUUAACUGUCUCGUCGGAAGUAAUUAUUAAUGCAAAAACAAUUGGAAUAGUAGAAUGUAAAGCGGCAAAUUCCGUUGGUUUUGAAUCGGAAGAAAUGGAAUACAUUGUAACAGAUGUUCCUAAUGGUUUUGCAAUGACAGAAUUCGAUGAUACGGUAGUAAUUAAUAAGAAAACAGAAACUGCCCAAUAUGCAGUUGGAGAAAAAAUUCAUGUUUCUUGUGGUGCAUCACGGUAUAAAUAUGGCCAUGUUGAAUGGCUUGUAAAUGGAACGUCAAUUGAAGAAGAUACCCGAACUCGAGUAACUUAUACGAAAUCUGAAUUAUCGAAUAAUGUAAUCCUAGAUAUUGAUGAUGCUUCGUACAAUGACAGUGGAUUAUACAGCUGCCGGGUGUCAAUCAACGCAAGCGAUUACAUUUUUAAAAAUAUGUCGUUUUUGAUAACAGAUCCCGUGAGAGCUCAAAUAAUUGAUUCUAACAUGGUUGGAGAAAUGUUGGAGGAUUUUCCGAAAAGUGUUUCUUUUAGCUGCGUUGUUAAAGGGAUUCCAAAACCAAAAAUUUUUUGGUAUAAAAAUGAUGAAGAUCUUAAACCAAAAAAAGAUCAAAGAAUCAGUUUCGAAAAUGAUAAUCAAUUACUUAAAUUCAACGAGACUAAACCAUCAGAUCAAGGAACAUAUAAGUGUCUUGCAAUUUACAAAGAAUUUUCUGAUUUCAGGGAAGUCAAGCUUAAAUUUAAAAAUGCUCCAGCAAUGAUACAAUCAUGGAUGGUCUAUAUAAUUGUAAUUCUUUUGCUUGCAUUGGUUGCAAUUAUGGUUUAUUUAUUUAUCAGAGUUCGGAAAGACAGAUUACUAAAAGAAGAAAUGAAGCUAUUGGGAUUGGCCAAUUUUGAAAAGGGAGCUGUAGAAAAUAUAAAUCCCGAGUUAGGAAUCGAUGAUCAAGCAGAACUUCUGCCAUACGAUAGGAAAUGGGAGUUUCCUAUCGAACAAUUAAAAUUAGGAAAACAAUUAGGAUCGGGAGCAUUCGGAGUGGUUUUAAAAGGAGAAGCAAAACAUAUCGUAGAAGGGGAACCCCUGACUACAGUAGCCGUAAAGAUGGUUAAGAAAAAUGCCGAUAAUACUUACAUUAAAGCUCUAGCUUCAGAAUUAAAAAUAAUGGCUCAUCUUGGUAAACAUCUCAACGUUGUUAAUUUACUUGGAGCGUGUACGAAAAACGUCGCAAAAAGGGAAUUAUUAGUUAUAGUUGAGUACUGUCGAUUUGGAAAUCUUCAAAAUUUCCUUCUAAGACAUCGCCAACAUUUUAUUAACCAAAUUGAUCCAAAUACUGAAAAAGUUAACUAUCUUAUUGGACAAGAGGAACUAAUGGACAGAACAUAUUCUGUUUCCAGUAACAGAAGUAAUAUUCAGUCUCCCUUGCUGAAAUAUGCGGCUUUAAUUUUUUCGGAUUCAGGCGAAAAUUCUGUUCUUCCGCCACCUAAUGCAAUGGGAGAUUACAGAACAAAUGCCAAUACCGGAAUUACUGAAGUUACAACCGUAACCCAAGGAGAAGAAGGUGUUGUAACAAGUAAUAAUAGUAUUCAGCCAGAAUGGAGAUCAAACUAUAAAGGAGAUUAUAAAGACAAUGUUAAUCCAAUUAGCACAAAAGAUCUUAUUGCAUGGUCCUUCCAAAUUGCCAGAGGCAUGGAAUAUCUUGCAUCAAGAAAGGUGCUUCAUGGAGAUCUUGCCGCCAGAAAUGUACUUUUAAGCGAUGAAAAUAUCGUAAAAAUAUGUGAUUUUGGAUUAGCCAAAAAUAUGUAUAAAAGCGAUAAUUACAAAAAACGUGGUGAUUGUCCUUUACCAGUAAAAUGGAUGGCAAUAGAAUCUAUCAGAGAUAGAGUAUUUUCAACUCAAAGUGACGUGUGGUCAUUUGGUAUAGUAUUAUGGGAAAUAUUUUCUUUGGGGAGAACACCAUAUCCGGGAAUGGAAGCAGACGAAAGGCUCUAUCAUAAGCUAGUAGAUGGAUACAGAUUGGAGUCACCAGAAUAUUCCCCAAAAGAAAUAUAUCAGAUUAUGACCGAUUGUUGGUCUGUCAAACCUACUUUUAGGCCUUCAUUUACCAAGUUAACGGAAAAAAUUGGAACACUACUUGAAGAUACAUUAAGAAAGCAUUACAUCGAUUUAAAUGAUCCCUAUCUUGCCAUGAAUACAAAGAUGUUAGACAAAAACGACUAUCUCGCUAUGUUGAGCCCUCCUACAUUUGAAGCAGUUUUAAGUCCUCAUUACGUCAACGGUAUGGUGACGCCUCAGUCGUCCGAAGGAUAUAUGAGCAUGAAUUCGAGUACGAUAUUUAGUCCACGUAUCGCAAAUGAUGAAGUUUUUGAUUUUACUACUGCAAGUAGAAGGAAAUUAUCAAGCGAAGAUGGGAAUGGUCAUGAACUCCUACCAAUGUUGAAAGAUAAGAACGACCUGGAUAUCAGUUCGCCUCUAGCAUCACCAAAUGCGGUUUCUAAUCCGGGUUACCAUUUACCUCCUAUAAUAGGAACUGAUGAAGAUAACAAUACCGAAAUUGUCAAAUCUGCCGAUAAUUAUGUAAACAUGCCACAAAAUAAAAAUUUGCUCAAGGAAUGUAAAACAAUUUUAUCUUCAGACUCGAAGAAAGCAGAGGAUGAAAAUAGACUAGACUGGAAAAGUAUUCAAGUCUGAAACACAUCUUAAUUAGUACAAGUUAGAAAAUUAAGUUUUUAGGUUUAGACUGUAUUACUUUACGUAUGUAUUUGAAACAAAAAAAUAAUUUAUUUUGUAUUUUUUUAUUAAUGUAAAUAUAGUGAAAUAAAUACUUUAUGAAAUAA